AUGGGACCUAGCACUGAAAGUCGCAAAGUAUUCAUCGGUGGAGAAGAGGGAAAAAAAUCGCAACACUCGACAUCAAACUUUGUUGAUAUGAAUAUCGAAGAUCUUGCAAAAGAUGGCGAGAAGGGCAAGCCGUUAAAGAAAAAAGGCUAUGAUGAUGUAGAGAUUAGCGAUUUAUCUGGGGGCGAUUCAGCGAAGGAGGGAAAGAAGAAAGGCGAAAAGGACAAAGACAAAGAUAAAUGA